CACUUGGGCGACCUCAGCGGCAGCGGCUGCAGGGAAGCGUCUGCGUCGGGGCGCACUCCGCGGCACCUGGGGGCGCUGCGCACCGAGCGCCGGGGCCAUGCAGGUGGCGGCUGGGAGCACGCGGGCGGCCGCGCUGGCGCUGCUGCUGGGGGCGCUGCACGCGGCGCCGGCGCGCGGCCAGGAGUACGACUACUACGGCUGGCAGGCCGAGCCGCUGCACGGCCGCUCGUACUCCAAGCCGCCGCAGUGCCUCGACAUCCCCGCCGACCUGCCGCUCUGCCACACGGUGGGCUACAAGCGCAUGCGGCUGCCCAACCUGCUAGAGCACGAGAGCCUGGCCGAGGUGAAGCAGCAGGCGAGCAGCUGGCUGCCGCUCCUGGCGAAGCGCUGCCACUCGGACACGCAGGUCUUCCUCUGCUCGCUCUUCGCGCCCGUCUGCCUGGACCGACCCAUCUACCCCUGCCGCUCGCUGUGCGAGGCGGUGCGCGCCGGCUGCGCGCCGCUCAUGGAGGCCUACGGCUUCCCCUGGCCCGAGAUGCUGCACUGCCACAAGUUCCCCCUGGACAACGACCUCUGCAUCGCUGUGCAGUACGGCCACCUGCCCGCCACUGCGCCUCCAGUGACCAAGAUCUGCGCCCAGUGUGAGAUGGAGCACAGUGCCGACGGCCUCAUGGAGCAGAUGUGCUCCAGUGACUUUGUGGUCAAAAUGCGCAUCAAGGAGAUCAAGAUAGAGAAUGGGGACCGGAAGCUGAUUGGAGCCCAGAAGAAGAAGAAGCUGCUCAAGCCAGGGCCCCUGAAGCGCAAGGACACCAAGCGGCUGGUGCUGCACAUGAAGAACGGCGCGGGCUGCCCCUGCCCACAGCUGGACAGCCUGGCAGGCAGUUUCCUGGUCAUGGGCCGCAAAGUGGAAGGACAGCUGCUGCUCAUGGCCGUCUACCGCUGGGACAAGAAGAACAAAGAGAUGAAGUUUGCGGUCAAAUUCAUGUUCUCCUACCCCUGCUCCCUCUACUACCCCUUCUUUUAUGGGGCCGCAGAACCCCACUGAAGGGCACUCCUCCCUGCCCCUGCAGCCAGCUGUGCCUUGCCCUCUGCCCGCACCCCGGGAUGUGCUCUGUCCUCCUCCCUCACCAGCCCUACCCCACCCCCAGGCUGAUCCACAGGCCCUAAGGGGUGGGCGUGGAGCCAGGGCUCUGCUCCCUGACCAAGGUAUCCCUGGGUCUUGAGUGUCUUAAGGACAGAACUUUUUCAUUUGGGGGAAACUCCAGGGUCUCAGAAAGUAGACAGAGGAGAGAGUGAGAGAAGGGUGUGUGUGUGGGGGGGGCUCUGAGCAGCCUGAGGAGGAAGUUUCCAGAGAAAAUGGGUGGUGUCCAGUCCCCUCUGUUGGUGGUGGGACCUUGCCUCAGAGAGGAGGGUCUUAAUAUUAGGCUGAGCUACUUGGGACAGUUACCCUCCCCCACUGCCGCUUUGUGUGCCUUAAUAGUAGCCUUCCAAAGGAAAGGAGCUGUGGUCACAAAACCCUCCAGCCAUACCCCCUGCCUUUCCCAUCUCUACCCAUUUCCUCACCUCGAGGCCUGGAGUUCGGUGACUCUAGAUCCGGCCUCUGAGCAGACUCCCCUUUCAUGGGAUCGCUACUUGGAUUCGUUCCUCAGCCUCUGCACCCACUCUUACCCUGAUGACAAGUAAAUUAUUGCUACUGCUACGAGGCCAUAGUACUAGACACCCGAUGCAGGUGGGGGUCAGGUUUUGUUUUUUGAAAUUUUUAAUUAAAUGGAAGAAACCAACAGUUGGUAUUGACCAGGUGAUUUCUUUGUCAUUUGGUUUCCAAGAGGGGGGAAGAGGAAGGUUUAGAAUGGACUACUAGAAAGAGGCCCUUAUCUUAGCCCACCACCUGUCCACAUAGACACACUUGGAGUGCCUAAGGAUAGCAAUGCCCCCUGGGUUUGUAGGGUUCUCAGAGAGCAGAGUGAGGGAUGGAAGAUUGUCCCUUUGUUCGAGGAGCUGCCAAGGAGGAAUAGAGGGCCGAGUCCCUCAGCCCUCUCCCACGGUCAGACGACUGCCAUGAUCCUGCAGCAUCUCCCACAGCUAUGCACUGCCUGGUCCCAGCAGCCCAGGAAGCCUGGGCCACGGGGACUGCUCUGAAGACCCAGAGGCCUAAGCAGUGUCACUGCUACCCCCUACAGCUUUCAAACACCUCUGGGCACUGGUCCUGACCCACAGGAGAUAGGAUGGUGUACAGCCACGCUUCUCUAAGUGUGGUCCCUGGACCAGCAGCAUUGGCAUCACCUGGAGACUUGUUAGAAAUGCAGCAUCUUAGCCGCCACCCCAGACCCAUCAUAUAGAAUCUGCAUUUUAACGUGAACAGGAGAAUCAUCUAGGGAGCUUUACAAAGCACUGGGCCUCACCCAAGGACAAUUACACCAGAAUCAUUCCUAGGCAACCCCCAAACCGACCCAAACCCAUUGCCGUCCAGUCAAUUCUGACUGACCCACCAACCAUAUAGGACAGAAUAAAAGUGCCCCAAAGGGUUUCCAAGG